CACCGUUUAUACCCCACACCGUCAAUAUGGCGUUCAAAUUCUCUCUGGGCGCGGCGAAAUCCAACAAGACGCAGUUGAAUGCAAAUGCAAAAGCAAAAGCCGACGAGGAAGCGAAGGAACGCGAGGAGAAAAAUGCGCUCGACAAGGUCAUGGCCGACUUCAUGGAGGAGCACAAUGCACCUGCCAGCACCGUACUUGGAGAGGCAGAGCGCGACCAUGAGGUCGACGAGGAUGUUUUUGUCCCCACAGGAAGCAAGAGACAUUUCACGGGGAGGAAUCGAUCAAUGAAGAGCGGGCCAGGCACACUCGAACCCGAGGCCAUUGAUGGCUUCCCAAGACCUGGCGCUCCUGGGCGGCUUGCAGCUCCAAUACAGCCGAGAUUUGGCGCUUCUGUACCGGCUGGUCCUGCUGCGAUUGAGGGAAACAAGCCGAGCGAGAACGUCUUCACGACUGUCAUAGCAAAAGCUUCGAAUCUACCCCCGGCAAUCGACCCGCGCCGCAUCGAAGAGCUCUUCGCUGAAUUCCCGUCACUGAAAGUCACAAAAGUAGAAAAGAUACCCCCGCAAGGCCCAUCUGCGAAAGGGCGACCCUCUGCGACAAUGAAGGUCAUUUUCGACAAAGACGCCAACGCGAGAGAUCUCGACGACGCCAUGAACAGGCUGAACGACAAGAAAUACCUCGGCAAAGGAUACUAUCUACAUUUAGACAGAUACCUUGGCGGACGUACUGUGGAGACAGCGCAACGCAAGGAACCGUUUGGUGCGCGAUGGCAGGCUCCGGAAGUGUCCAAAGGAUAUGCCCCGCCGCCAGAUCUAGGAGGCGGGCCUGGCAUGCGAGACAGGCCACGUGAGGAUACUGAACGACUGAUUGUCACAGCCAACCAGCCGCCUGAUCUUGGGACACUCAAACUUGUUCAUCAGACAAUCGAAGGAGUUAUACUUGGGGGUCUCGAAUUUGAGGCUACCUUAAUGAACGACCCACAAGUACAGGAAGAGGAACGAUUCGCCUGGCUCUACGAUCAAAAACAUCCUGUAAACCGAUACUACCGAUGGCGGUUACACCAGAUAGUAUGUGACACUCCGAACGCCGAGAUUUUCGACCGCCAAGGCGAAUGGCAGGGGCCAACGGUGCCCCUUGCUGACGAGUUCGCGGAUCAUCUGGGCGCUUUCGAACCGGAUUAUGAGGAUUCUGAAGACGAUGAGGAAGAGGAGAAACCCCUGCACAAGCCCCUUCCUGUAGGAGACAACUAUCAAGGCCGUGUAGACAACGGCCACGGUAUUAUGAGCCCUCGGUCUCGGGCAAUGUUUCUAUGGUUACUCACAUCGCUACCACCUGGGAGUAUCGUCGCCGACGACAUUGCCGCUAUUUCUGUAUUUGCAGUCGAACAUGCCGCCCACGGCAUGGACGAGGUUAUUCACAUCUUACUAUCUAACAUUUUAGAACCUUUCCAAUUAUCGGACGCGAAUACAAAAAGACUCUUGGAAGACGAUGUUAGACGUCCGGACAUUAGACAGGUCACUUUAAACGCUCUCCGCAUUAUUUCCGAUGUUCUCUUGACAACAGCAAAAGAGCCUGGUGUGGCCUACAAGUAUAGACUUGCCUUCGGUACCCAGCUUCUGAACCGUAAAAUCUUCGAGCAUCUUGAGAAGAUCCCGGCUCAAGUGGAGAUGGGUCGCAUGACGGAAAAGAGCUAUCGAGACGAAGUCAAUACUAUUCUUACAGUGUGGCAGAACGAGCAUUUGUUUGACAAGACUACGCUGGAUCACCUUGAUAAGGCGUUCAACGAGCGCGAACAGCAGAAGGAGCAAGAAGAGUUGGAGAGGAAGCAAACGGAGAAGAGAAGCAAACGCAAGCAUAAUGUAGUCUCAAGAGUCAAGGCGGAUAUCGAUCCAGGCAGUGAAGAGGAGCAAGAGAAGAUGGAUGUGGACGUGGACGUGGACGAGGAAGAAGGCCAGGAAAUCAAUAAUAACGAUGGAGCGAACGACGAGAAAGCCAUGCCGUCUCGACCACACUCUGAAACACCUACUGAGAGACAGGAUAAUGCAGCACCUCCUGCAAAGGUCCCAACUCAGGUACAAGACGUCCCGGAAGAGGUUCCUGGAGAGACGGCUGCCGCGCGAGCUAGGCGACUACGACCGAAGGCGGAAGACAUGUUUGCUUCAGAUGGGGAAUGAUUGCGCAGACCGGAGUACUACGCGUAGGUUUGCGUCCGUGAUAUAAGGAGUGUAGCGGUUUUGUAAAUUCUCUGGACUGAAAUGUCGCGACGGUGUCAUCCGCCAAACCUUGCGAGCAGAGUAUGCCAGAAAAACCUCGAAAAAAAGUCAUGCGAAACUUAAUGUUGCCCUGCAUCCUGGAGGAAGGCCAUCUGUGCAUUUGUGUUGAUACCCUAGAUUAGAUCUAAGAGCGAGAAGAGAUUGUUCCCAAUAGGGACAACAGAGCUUUGUACAAAUUAGGUAUCGGCUCAAUAGCCAAGCGGAAUAGUUCAUGUAGGUAAGUGCCCUGCAGAUGAAUAUAUCGCUCAAGUCGUUCAGGCUGAAGGGUUCGCGUUGCUUGCUUUCACCGACGUUUGGUUUGUAAGGACGACGACUGAAAACGUUUAUUAAUGC